AUGCAGAGCUCGUUCUACACACUUGCUACUGCCCACAUCUCCUCAAUACUACCUGUUUCGAGGGCAAAUGUUCGGGCGAUACAGAGUCAGCGUCUUCCAGAGCCUUUAAAAACGAGUCAGCUGGAUACAACGGAUGUCCUACCUGAACAUGCUACUGAGGGUUCAAUACUUUGUGAACCACAGGCACACGUUCUUUUGCGCGUGUUGCAUGGGCGAAGAACGAUAGAGUUAUCUUCCUUAUCAACUGAUGCACCACCUACACGCUUCUCUUUUCCUUCUAGGCUCUUCCCUACUCCUUCAGUUGUGUUUGAUGAUCCCGAAGUGCACAUCAUAGCCCUAACUGAGGAUGGUUCUGUCUAUCGCAUGGUCUUUCAGACGCCCAAGCUGUGGUCGGACGAUUACGCGUCUCGCAACUGGAUCUCCGAAUACCAUCUUAAACAUUCACCCGAAAACAUUACUGGGCCCUUGCAUGUGAAGGAGGCAGGAAGUAUUUUCAUUGGGUUAAGAGACGGUGGGAUUCUGAACUUGGAUGCUGUACGGAUUUCAUCUGCCUCGGAAUUCUCAGCAUGGAAGGAGACGAUUCUUCGACCGCCGUUGUCCCUGACAUUGACAUCGCUCAUCCCGUUUACUCGCCCCCGACAAGGGUCUUCUCACACCAUAUCGUUUGCGACCGUCCCCAACCCCUCUCCUUCCCUCGUUGUUUUCUCUCUUCAUCGCGAUCGAACCCUUCGUGUCUGGGAGACGGGGGUCUGCGUCGCCAGCAUUGGUGUUCCAGCAUUCAUCCCAGAUUCUUCGGUCCGUGAGGCAUCCUCUUCGCGUACUGCUACUAUAUUGGGGCCCGAACCCAGGCGUUUGUUGCAGGUUAUUCCACCUGAGGAAGGUGACAGAAUUGACGAGGCGCUUCAGAUCUUGGUUUUCAUGCCACAAACUCAAGGCGGCUCUUUCUCCUUAUACGGCCUUUCCGAGAAGAAUAAUGGCGGUCAGCGAAGUUUGGAAUAUUUGUGGUCGAAAAAUUGUUCUGAACCAAGUCAGUAUCGACAGCUUCGUGACUUUAUCGUCACCGGCGACACGCUCUGGGUCCUUUGGGAUGAUGCUGGGAGUGCGCUGGUUGAGUAUACAGAUUUUGAUGUGGAAGGUGAAGUAAUUGCAUCAUCAUGGAAUUCCGUGAAUUGCGAUGGGGAAUCGUACUUUCCAUCUCCUCGAUCAGAAGAAAAGAAUCUUCCUCAAGGCUCGUUUACCGACUCCUACCUAAGGGCAUUACUCCAACCCGGUUCAUUUUCAAAGUAUACACUUAGAGCUGCCCUGCAACAGUACUCAUCGACUCUCAUGAGUGUCCCUGGGGCUCAUCACCCGAUCUUGUCAACAACCUACCAGACUCUUGCGGAGCAAAUUGCAUCAGUUGUCGGUUGCACCGUCGAUCUUGUGGUCGAUCCACAGACUGGCGAGCAACUCUGGGUUCCUUAUUGGAAUACGCUCCGAAGAGACUGGGAAGGUUUCCUUGCGCGUUGCCGUGAAAUCGAGCGCCAAGCUCGGUGGCCCCUUCAGCUUGGUGUUUCGUAUUUCGGCGAGCCACUCUUGAUAGAGCGUGAACGGCUUUGCGCAAUCGUGAAGACAGAUAAGGCUAUGCAACUGCAUCAAUCUGUUACGAACACGAACGCCCUACAGAUCCCUGGGACAGUCGCCUUGUCUCGGAUUGCUCAUACUCUUCGUGAGAGUUUAGGCAGCGCUAAGGCGACAAGGCUUGAUCAGAGUAUACUAGAUGUGGUUCGAUCGGAUCCGAAGAGCUCCUACCUCGAUCUGAUGCUCCAAGUUUCCCAAGGAGAUAUAAUGAAAGCUGUACCCACCGCUACGUUGACAUGGGUUAAUGGCCAACUUGCGCAUUUCUCAGAUGUUGAAGGUGCGAUUGUUGAGGUCUUGCAAGCACUGGUCAGUCUGGAUACGGUCAAGCUGGAGCAGGAUGAGGAGACCGAGUCUAUUGAUGCGCCACCGCUCAGCUGGCAAACCGCUCUUUUGACAUCGUUCAUCGCUACCUCUAUCAAGGCUCGUUAUGACAUCAUACUUCCCCUUUUCACUCUUCUCGCCUUCAUCAUUGAACGAGAUCGGGAUUCACAGACCGGAUGGCGCCAUAUUGCGGGCCAGGCCUUCGUAGCUGUUCAAAGCAUCUCACUCUUGCAUCAUAUCGCGAUCUCCCCAGCAGGUGACCCAGAAGCGACCUCCGCUCGGCUCGCAGACGAUGAUGUCGCAUCGCUUAUGCGGAAUAUGACUGUAUCUGGAUAUUCUCGUCCUCGCCACACCAUCGCCUAUUCCCUCCUUCAUGUCUUUCUCUCGUCCCUUUCAUUAUCAUUCCCUUCACAUGUCCCUCCUUCAGUGGCCGCGCACAGAUACCUAUUCAGCACAGGCCUUUUACGUGUGCUCGCCGCCCCGGAAGUCUCAGAAGCAGAGGUCCAGCUGAUCCAUCGAAUUUGGACACUGGGAUUUGCUGGGAUCGCCAAUGAGGUUGCACAAUGGUAUCCUCGGUCGCCAGCAGUCGCGUAUUUAAUGGGCCGUACUUUAUUGGACCUUGGGCGUGCAGAAGAGGCCGCGGAUCUGCUUGAAACUAUAGCGUUCUGCUUUGGUAAGCAAACUGCCCACUCGUGGGACGACGAGCUUCUUCGCAUAGUUUUGCCCGCAGGUGUAUCGCCUGAUUCGUUGUUUUCAUACUGGCGACAUUUGAUAGGAGUGUUUGACGGAUUUUCCCUUGCUGCGCAAGUCGCUCGUUUUGCGAGGUUAGCUCUUGAGUGCACGGAUCCACUCGAAGUCAGUGAUCUUUGGCUACGUCUAUUCAAAGCAGACGUCGAUCUUGGGCUUUAUGAGGAUGCUUAUGAGACUAUAAUCAGAAAUCCGUCAAAUGAACAGCAAAGCGAGUUUGUUCGACAACUUGUUACCGCUAUGUGCGAAAAUGACGAGAUAAAUCGGCUUUUGAGCCUGAACUUCAUUGGGUUUCAAGCAGAUGUGGAACAGGCAAUUCUGUUCAAGGCUCGGAAUACGGAUCCUCGACAGAAACCCGACUAUGCCCAAGUGCUACAUGGAUGGUACAUCUUCAGAGGCGACUACCGGGGGGUGGCUGCUGCCGCCAUGUACCAGCAUAGCAGGCGUCUGGGUGAAAUACAGCUGUUACAGAAUCUGGACUUCCUCGAGAUGGGUACUUUGCAAGCGAUGAGUUUGCUGACUUCCAUAAACGCCCUAUCACUCGCUGACACCGAUGAUGCCUGGGUCGAGUAUAUCGCUCCUCCAUCUGAAGCUAGUGUACGCGUGAAGGUGUCUCAGCACAUCCCGGAGGAGUAUUUUGCAUCCGCUGGCAUCAACUUUGAGGUUGUCACCAUCUCUGAGAUGAGACGAGAAUAUACACUUUUGAUGUCUAAGCUUCGACUUGCUCGAGAAUCUCCUAAUUUGCAAGCUGCUCUAGUGCGAACGUUGACGAAAGAGGAUAUCAUUGCGCACUAUGUUCAGUUAGGACUAUUUGACCUGGCAAUGUCCAACGCACGGACAUUCCGGCUGGACAUGUCGUCAAUUUUUGGCAUUUUGACUUCGAGAUGCAUGCGGAUAGCAGAACAAGGUGAUGAUGAUAUAGAUCCACUCGAAUGCCCUUGGUUAUUUACUGAUCAAGUGUUGGGCUGGGAGGGCACAAACUCUCAACGAGCUUGGCGGUAUUUGCGACUUUCUUUGGAGUCCUACGAUUCGAUGGACGGAGAUUGGAGUUAUCACAAGGUCGUAUUGCAGAAAAUUAUUGAUCUUGAUCGUUUUAGUAGAGUGCCUGCUUGGUUAUCAAAGUUUUUUAUGGAUCAUCAACCAGAAUAUUUAAUUCGAAUGUCAUUGAAGUAUGGCCUACGGGUGUGUACUGUUGCACUCUCCCACUUCAUUGGAUUCACCAAAUUUGAUCAGGCCGCACCUGCCCGCGUGAAUACUCCACAAGCAUCAUUUACCUGGCUACCGUACAACCUCAUCGACCAAGUAUUGUUGGCUGCCACUGAGGAGCGGAAGGAAAGGCCUUCCCGAGCCACCGAUCGCAUGGCCCAACAGCUCAGGAAAGGACUUUCUGCUCGGAUAACGUACCUUGAGAAGUGGAGCAAGAUUGAAGGUUGA